AUGUCGUCUCGCCUUCUUCAGCUUUUCCUCGUUUUCGCCCUAACCUCGUCAUGCGCAGCCGCCAACGGUGUUGUCGAAUGCGACAAAAUUGAUGUCGUCGAGAAAGAUCGUCAUUUCCCAUUCAUCAAACCAAUGGCUGACGGCGAUGAGCUCAUUGUACGUGGAACGAUAGCCAAAAGCAUGAGCAGACACAGAGCAGUGUUUGAUUUGUAUGGAACCUCCGGCGCGAUCAUAAUGCACUUCCGCAUGGAUUUCAGAGGCAACGGCCAACCACAUCGGCUGGUUCUCAACAGCUACAAAGGAGGAUGGUAUAGUGAGAUAUACGGUUCGCAUCCUUUCCAUGCCGGGCAGACAAUCGAAGUUCGAGCCAGAAGAAUUGGCGACUAUUUCCAUUUAACUUACGGCAACGGAUCUUUCCUCAAAAUGUUUCCAAACAGAGUGCCGUCCUCCUAUGAGACAACGUCAUUCUUAACAUGGGGCGACUGGAUCGUUCAUAAUAUCGAAAUGAUUUGCAAAAAUCCUCCGCCUGGUUACGGAAACGGGCAAUCAGGUAAUGGUGGUGGAAAUGGUGGAUCCGGAAACAAUGGAGGCAAUAAUGGCGGGUCCGGAAAUGGGGGAUCUGGAAGCAAUGGAGGAUCUGGAAACCAAGGAAAUAAUGGGGGUUUGUGGGCGAAUCUAGAGGAUCUAAUAGAUUUGAUGCUUAUAGGCUCAGGAAACAAUGGAGGAAACAAUGGAGGAUGCGGAGGAAACAACAAUGGUGGAAAUGGAGGGUCGGGGAAUAACGGAGGAGGAAACAAUGAUGGGAAGCGAUCUCGAAUCAAUUUCAACAUUUCUUAUGAUCAUUUUCAAGGUUCCGGUGGAAACAAUGGAGGAUCAGGAAAUUCUGGAAACAAUGGAGGAAACAAUGGCGGAUCUGGAAAUGGUAAUGGAAACAACGGAGGCAACAAUGGUGGCGGCCAUAAUGGAGGAACACAUGGUGGCCACCCAAUAAUUUUUGGCCCUCCGCAAAUAAUUGUGGUCCCAAUUCACACGAAAGGCAAAGGAAACGACGACGACGAUGACGACACCAGCUAUAUUCCACAUUCCGGAAUUGACAAUGAUUGUUAA